UCCCGAUAUGGCCGGUGGUUUUAAGAGUUUGGAUUGCGGUCGUGGUGCCGCCCUUACUGGCAGGCGUCCUCGUGAUCGUAACCAACCCUUCACUCGAGUGAAUCGGUCUCGAGUGGACGAUACUGCGCGGCCUGCCCCUGACAAGUCUCAACAGAAGUCUCCUGAGAAGGAGUUUGAAUCGGCUGCAGAUGUGAACAUCGCAGGCCAAGGGGAUGAUGCUGUCCCGAAUGUUGAGCCGAUAUUCCAACCAGACUUGAUGGUUGUGGAUCUUAUGACUCCAACCCGCCAGAAUCAAGACCAAGAGGUAAAUGAUACUGAUGUUGCUGGUAUGGGCCAGAAGACUCCUCCUCUCUUGCCUCCUACUCUUCAUACCUCUUAUGGGUAUGUUCGCCCUAGCCAGAGUGUUGGUACCAUAUCUGGUCUGAACAUGGGUGUCUUUGUCCGUCCUGGGGAGUGGAUUGAGAAGACUCCAAUUUGCCUAACCCCCAGGAAGAUGAAGUACUUUGAGGUUCCUCCUGGUGAGCCUGAUGAACCCUGGAACCCUAAAAUCGAUCUUCUUCGUGGUGAGUCGAUACUCACCGACGACUGCAAAGGGGGUGGUUGCAUGGGUUGGAGGGCUUUGAAGGAUCUGGCUACUCCUCGCGACAAUCCUGCUGCUGAGAUUGACGCGCCGGCUGCCCAACAUAUGAAUGAUUUGCUCAAGGCUUGCAACUCUGCAGUGGAGCUUGUGAAACUGUACCUUUGCUACCAGGAGCAGAAUGAGGCCCUGCAGAAGAGGCAGGCUGAUUUGGACCAACAAUUGGGUGAUACCAAACGUGAUCUGGAUCAGAAAUCCUCUGAGCUGGAGAGGUUGAAACGGCGCAACAAGGAGCUGGAGAAUGUUGCGAACCAGCUGACUGUAGAGGAGAUUAAAAAUAAAGAGCUGUCUGAGAAGCUGCAGGAAGCAGAUGAAAAGGCCAAGACUGCCUACAAAACCGGUGCUCGAGAUGGUGCCUUGCGUUUCACCCGUAGUCAGACUUAUAGCAAACGCAUUACUGAUAGUCACAACGGUGGCUGGUUUGCGGCUCAUCGGUGUGGUGUGCAUGGCAUUGGCCUGACACAGGAGGAUUUCCAGGAUAUCGAGUAUGCAUUCUUGGUGGAGCAGAAGCACAAGGAACCUACUGGUUGGGAGACACAAAUCAUUCCUGAAGAGAUUAUUCAAAAUGCUGAUCCUUUGACUCUCCCUCCAAUUGAGCUGAAGGAAGAAGACUACCUGGAUCCUACCCUGCUGUCUUCCAGUACCAACCAGACGGAUCAUCAACAAGUUUGAAGGUGCGGGCAGUCAUCACCGGUAUCAUCCUGUGGUUCAUCUGGCGUUGCUGCUUUUAAAGAUUAGUUUAUUUUCUUAAACGCACUUUUGGUAUCAGCUGUUUAUGGCACUUUUUGCCCUGGAAUAUUUUAUGCUUGUUCUUGUAAACUUUGAUUUGGUAAAGGGUACUUUACCUUGUGCCAUUUUUAACAGCUAACAAAUGUCAGUUUUGGUGUUGGCUGUCGAAUUUAUUUUAUCAGAUGGUGUUGCUCUUAUACUUAUGAUAUUGUGUUGUUUGUUUUAUUUUUCUAUUUUAUGCUUACCCUCAUUUAUACUAUUGUGCUGUUUGAAUCUGGUACUUUACCUUGCUGAUAUAUUUUUCUUUUAUCACCCCGAGUCAGCAAGCUGAUAGUAGCCUUGCUGACCUACUUUAAAGGUUUGAUUCGUAUCACCCCGAGUCAGCAAGCUGAUAGUAGCCUUGCUGACCUACUUUAAGGGUUUGAAUCACGAUUUUUGAUUAUACAU